AUGCCCGACGUGUCUCGACCCGCUGCGAAGCCCUAUUUCGAAAUUCGAUGCCUCGCUCCAGAGUCCGAAGCUCCGAUAUGUCAAGAACGCCAUUGUGACUAUCGACUAUCUAGAGUGAAUGCUGGUCUUUAUUCAAUCUUUCCAUCAAAACUCAAUCAAUCAUUUAUGACGUCUCAAGGCAUUCCAGACAAGCCAACUUUCCUCGACUUGCGGACAAGACCUUUGCCUAGCUUUUGUGCACAACAAUCACCAAGUGGACCUCAGGAGACCCAAUCUGCUUCCCGGCGAAGUCAACAGACCUACCCUUCUACGGUCAAACGAGAGGAUGCCCAACCUAAUGAGGGAAAUUGGGUUCCCUAUCGACUCCGAAGACCUGCACAACCACCAUCUAUACGACCAAUAUCAUCGAUUCCCACUAAUCAGAAGCCUUUUCAUCAAUCUACAGGGAACAGGUCAACAGCAACGCCCUCCCGAUACCACGAAGCUAGUCGUACACAAGGGCCUUCACAUUUCGGACGAGAUGCAAGGAAUCAAUCAGGAUCAAAUCCUCCACGUCAAUUUCGCUCUCAGAUCACUCAUGGUGAUGUCUGGAGAAGUGAUCGUCAAAACUCCAUACACCUUCAUCGAGUCAAUCCCCCUUCAAGCAACCGACAUCAUGACUUGCCCUUGCGAUUGGAUUGUCCUAUACCAUCAUCCUCAGUUGUACCUACGACUUCGCUUCCUUCUCAGCCUCGUGAAGUGCAACCUUUAACCAGAUCUCCUCUCACAACUCUGACAAACGAAUCAGAAGCUACACCAGUCACUCGACAUCAGCACUGCCAGUCACCCCCUGCAAUCCAAAGUAACACGACAAGUCCUUUGACGUUCAGACGGGACCCCACAUGUGACGAUGUAUAUAACUCAAUGUGUAGGAAGAGACCUUUCCUUGGGAAUGCGAGCUCGUCUUGCCAGCAGCCUCUUGUAGGUCAAGCUGGAGCGAAGCAACGCCCAGAAACUCCACAAGAGACUGGAAGCAGGUCCAAGAAACCACGCUACAAUACCAGCUCUAACCUUCAACCUGUUCGAAAUACAAAUGCUAUCGCAUCCUUUCCUAUGGUUAUUGUUCGUGCAACUUUGCGACCUGGUUUAUCUAUGGACAAAUGUUUGGUUUUGACCCGAUGCCUUCUCGGUGUGUACGGCACUAUGCAAGUCUUAUACUGUACUUUGAUCUGUUUUCUUCUCUGGGGUGGAAUUAUCACCGAGUUUACCGGCAAAGUGGAAUUUGAGAAUCCGGAAGAUGCUUAUGAAGCUUCUCAAGCAAAGCUCAUUAUCAUUCCAAACGACGUAUCUUACAAGGGACUCAAGAUGUCUGUCAAAUUGUACCGGUCCCACGACGAGGAAGAAUCAUCUACCCAAGAUCUUGCCAGACUUUCACCUGUCAUCGUUGAGGAAGGUCCGCCCAAGAAAGAAGGUGCAAAUGCAACCACUGAUUUAGACAUCAUUGAAAUGGACCAACUCGACCCCCCAUUGUCACCUGGGACUCCUCCUCAAUUCUCUUCCCCUGGGACUCCUCCUCAGAACUCCUCGCCUAGGACUCCCCCUCAGAUCUCCUCCCCUGGCACGCCUCCUCUUCCACAGGAAGACGCCCAAUUUAUAUAUUCAUCACCAAGUCCUGCGCCGUCGAAUGCUAAAGAUCAGGAGGAUUGUGUUCGGGAACCUUCAGAAGGUGACAACGCCUCGAGGCAGUCAUCAAUAUCUGGUGAUACUGACAUGAAAAUAGAGACCAGCAGUGACAUUGAGAUCGUCAAUCCAAAGAACUACGGCGAGAAUGAUCAUGAAACUGCAAGUUCCGAAGAGCAAGAGAAAGUCGAUAUCACCAAUGAAGACAUUGAACAAGAGAUCAUUGAAGACACUACGCUUGAGGGUGAUCGCCAAGAUAGCCUAUGUCUUUCUCGAGAUUCAAGCCCAACGUCGUCACACGAACGCAGCUUGAGGCCAAUGGAUGACAUCGAUCGGAUCAUUAGGAAGGCCGAACGCAAAGCCGACCGUAAGGCCGCGAGUGCUGAUCCUCAUUGUGCGAAUCUAACUGUCGACCCUCCUGUCGUCGCUAAGGAUGUCGGCGAAACAACCCACAACCCGACUUCAGGCCCUUCAUCACUGCCAUUAUAUGAAGUGGCCUUUGCGUAUCCGAAAAAAUGUGAGGUGAACGUGCCAGAUUAUCUCAAAUCUCGACAUUUGUUUGAGUUGGAGAAGGUUCGCACAUUGACCCAGGAGGACAAAAGAGUCAUGACCUCCUCCUGGGCUGAUGGCUACCUCAUCUUGCGGGUAAUAGACAACCGCAGCCUUGAUGGCUCAGAGUCAAGUCAAGACAUUGAUCAAUUGAGUGACGGGCGAGGCCCUUCCCAAGCUACACAGGCAAAAGCAACACAACAACAACCGACACUGGCAGCCAGCAUCUCGUCUUCUGUAGAAGCCGGCCCUUCACACCACUCACGAAACUCGGCUCUUGAGCCAAUAGAUCUCUGUGGAGACCGGCAUGUUGCUAGCCGCAGUACUCAGCACCCAAAGUGGCCAUUCGCUCCCAAAGCAACUUAUGUCGACGAAAGUGUACAUCCUGAUCUCCGAAGAAGUCUUCACGAUUUUCUAAGUACGUUCUUUAGGCUAUGGGAAGAAUCACGAGUCGAUCUUCGUCAUCUGUAUGAUCAAACGGCGAUCUUUUCCAAUCUUCUUGCCAAACAGGGCUGCACGUCUACUAGAGUGACCAAGAACAUAGGAUGGUCUAGCAUCUAUUAUAGUAUCUCAAGAUUACCUGCUCUAUCGAACGAACCAUUGGACAAUCUAAUAGUCGAUGCUUGGCCCGUGCCCACAGAUCCCAAAACAGUCCUAUGUAUAGUUCAUGGAGCUUUUGCAGAAUUUCCGAAAAAUAUCCAGCGGGCAUUUGACCGAUGCUUUGUACUCAGACCAGUUGAUACCAAUCGAGACCCUUCUGAGGGUUGUUUAGGUCUGAUCAAAUGGAUCAUCUUGAGUGACACACUCACUAUCCGCAAGCACACAGUCCAGACCAACGCUAUCAUCUCUGGUUUCAAUGCACAAUGUACUCUCACAGCUGACCGGUUGCGAUCUGUUAGUCGUAGCCGAAACAAGGGUGGCCAGGCUAGUAGUACGUGUGAGGAUCAUCAUAGUCUUCCCUCAAAUCGCAGAUCCAAUCAGGUACCGCCUGUGCAUGAUGCUUCUAGGCCUCAGAAAACCCUCGAUCAAGCCCCACAAGCUCAAAGGGCUGGCUCGCCUCCCGCCCUACUUGGCGAUACUCCUAUCCCACACGAUGUUGCCAUAGUUCCGGCUCCUCUGAUAGCUGACUUGACAGCUCAAUUACGUGAAUUACGGAGUGAAAUUGAUCAACUCAAAAAUAGGAAGAGAGAGGAAGCGAACAUGAGACAACUUCCUCCAGCAAGACCCCCGCAACGUCCCAAUCAACCUUUUAGGCCACAACCCAACGAUAGCUUCAGAGUUAGGAACACCUUUGCUUACACUCACCGAGGGUUUGGGGUCACUAAGAAAAGGUAUUUGGUUCCCACCGACAUGAAUGUACAUUUGAACGUCUCAUUACGAGGUGAUGUACUUUCAUGGGAUAAAAGGGAUAGGAGUAAAGUUCAACUGUUGCUGCCAGGGCCCUCAGCAACCGAGAUUGUAGAUGCAGCUUGUUACUCUGCCCCUCACAAAACCUUGAUCCUGGGAUCCCGAUCAUCCAACACUGGCCGAUCAUAUAAAUCUUCGCAGGUCUCCCUGAUCAAGUUUAAUCGACCAGCAAAGAACGAGAAACAGAUCAUGCUUUGGAAAGCUGUCAAUGGUAAAGUAGACGUCAUAAAGCGGUUCACAGAACAUAAAAGUGCAAUACAAGCUCCAACAAAUGAAUACAUUACGAUGGUCACCACUGGGAACAAGACACCUGAUUAUCAAUUUCGGUUGUGUGAUAUUCGAGGAAAUCGUCCAGCAAUCAAUUUUGGCUUUGGUGAAGAUCCAAAUUUCAAGGGAUUUGAGUCACCCGUUGAAACUUAUCGGAAAGGGGGUAUCAGGGAUAACUAUUUUGUUUAUCCUGAUGGACAAGUAGGAGGACUGAAGAUUUGGGAUCUACGAUCCACUCGUGGGCAGUUGAUGAAAGUAGGAACCAGUGUUGGCAUUCAUGCGCUCUUCGAGUCUCGAAAAACUGUUGUGUUACUUGAGAAAGAGACCUUGAGAUAUAUUGAAUUCCAGUGAAGAAGUUCGCCUAUAUAAAAUCUCAAGAUCUCGGGCAAGAUAAUGAUCGGUAUCAAGAAUAUACUCUUUAAUAUUUAAUUUUAUGAAGUUCACGUGUGUUCUGCUUGGUGGACUUUUCUUUGGUUUCGUGGCAUUCAAGGAAAAGCAAGACGGUUAACUUGACGGUUUCAUGAAUCGUAUCCUGUAUUAAAUGAUUCAAUCCGUCCAAGUUUGAAAGUUUUAAAAAAAGUAUAUAUCUUGGUUUCACAAGAUUUUGUUUUGUUAAUUGCCCACAAUGUAAUAAAUGGCAGGUUUGAAUGACGAGUUG